AUGUACGACAGAGUACAUAUCGACGAAAAGUGGUUCUUUUUGACCAAGGUUAAGAGAACGUUCUACGUGUAUGAUGAUGAGGAGCUUGCUCAUCGAGCAGCCAAGUCGAAGCGUUUCAUCACGAAAGUGAUGUUUCUCGCUGCCGUUGCGCGCCCGCGCUACGACCACCACCUCAAGCGUAUAUUCGACGGCAAGCUUGGAAUUUGGCCCCUUGUCCAACGAAUUCCCGCCGCAAGGAACAGCAAGAACCGCCCGAAGGGCACGUUGGUGACGACCCCGCUGAACGUUGACGCCAAGGUUUACUCGGCCUGCGUGCUCAACAAUGUCGUCCCCGCCAUCACGGCCAAGUUUCCUCGCGCCUGUCUGCAACGUGGUGUUCUCAUCCAACAAGACAAUGCAAGCCCGCACAGAGUUGUGUCGUCCGAGAUGUUGGUUGCGAAUGGGGUGAAAUCAAUUGGCAUCGCGAACCAACCACCUAACAGCCCCGACUUUAACGUUCUCGACUUAGGAUAUUUUAACGCUAUUCAAAGUCUACAAGCAAUCGUUUGUUGA